GCGUAGGAAAGAGACGGCGGGCUGCAGGUGUGAGGGCGCGGCAGCGUGACGUCCUGAGGGCCGUGGCUCCUCACAGCCGCACCUCAUUCUGACAGGCUUUGUGGUGGAGUGAGUUCGGUUGUGGGUGUUCUUGUUGUCCCUCUGUGGCGCGAGUCUCCAGGAGUCGACUCCACAGUGUCAGGCCUUCCUGUCUCCCACCGCCACCGCCAGUUAGCCGCGUGGUCCCCGUGACUGCCUAUGUGGGCAUUUUCUCAAAACAUCACGCCAGUGACUUAGGCGACUUAUUCCCCAUCAGAUCCAAGUUGAUCUCGUCCCGACUAAAGACAGAGCAACUUUCAUUACUACUGUAGCCCAGACUUCUCAGGGAAAGAUAAAAUGAAUAAGAAGAAGCAGCGGAACUCAGGGGACAGCCUUCAUCCCUCAAAACCUUCUAAGAAACCACGGCUGAGAGACUCCCAUGGAAGCCCCCAGAGCUCCACGAUGGUCCAUUCACUCCACUCCAGAGAGUUGGAAGACAACUCAGAACCUGCUCCCUCUGUAGAGCCAGGUGGUGGGGAACCACAACCCACAGCUUCCAGCUGCCCAGUGGAGGACACAGGAGCUGCUUCUGACCUCCCAGGAUCACCAAGAGAGCUGGUCCCCCUGCCUCCUUCCCAGAACUCAGUGGGGAAGUUUGUCCCUCAGUUUGCCAAACCAAAGAAGACAAUAACUAGAAAAGCCAAGGCAAGGGAAGAGGAUCCAGAGAGCUGUACUACAAGCCAGGAAACCAGGCCAGAGCUGGGUGCCCUCGAAGCAGGAAGCCAGCCACAGAGAGAGUCCCUGAGGUUCCCUCUCCAUGAUGCCAGAAGACCAGAAGACCAGACACAGCCAGAUGGUACCCUCUCAAAGGAGAGGACCAUCUCACUAGAUACCGGAAGCCUGGGGAACAAUGGCUUUGAGAUAGCUACAGUUCAAGAUAGUAGUAGCCAGGAAAGACCCCUGUCAGAUGAUGCUGCUGAAAGCAGGGAGACAGACAGCAGAGCACCACAGGAAGGAGGAGCCCAAGGAGGGGAAGCAGGGGCUCAGCAUUCUGGGGAAUCCCAAGAAGGAGAGGACAUCCUCUACACUUCAGUAUUAGUUCCUGCCUCAGACCCCACCAUACCAUGCCUAAAGACCUGGUCUGUGGCUCAAGACCUCUCUGUCCCCACACAUACUCUCAGCAGCACAGCCGCAGCACCCAGCUCCAGCGGCCCAGCGGGUGCCUCUCUUAUGGACAGUGUCAUUACAGAAGCAAGCUUAGAUCCCUCUGUGCUGCAGCAAAGGGCUCCAGAGGUCACCAGGCUGGUGUGCUCUCCGGAUGGGCAGAUCCCUGAUGGGGGCUGCAGUGGGACUCUGCUGGGUUAUACACCUCUUGCUGAGGAGACCACAGCAGGCAGAGAGGAGGCCAGGUGGGAAGAGAGGUCUCCUGGUGACACCCUGGCAAGCUUCACUGAGGCUGCAGUUCCUGUGAAACAAGAGCCCAUGGUGGAAGCUGGAGAUUCAGGCCAUAUAUCUCAGGAAAUGUGUCUAGUGGUCAAGACCAAGGACCCUGGCUCUGAGGGACAGUUGCCAGGGGGUAUAGGAAUGCCACCUUUACUAGCACAGCCCAUGAAUCAAGAGGUGGUGGAGUUAAGUGGCCUAACUUGCGAUCAAGACUUGGAGGGCCUCAGUCUGUGCCCUCAUACCUCCUCUCAGCUAGAGCACACUUGUACAGUUAGUGACCCUCCCCAGACCACCAAGGACCACAGCAGCCCAGGUAUUCCUGUACACGUGCCAGGGCAGCAGCAGCCAGCUCCCAGUCCCAGAGAUCAGGCUGCAUGGCAGGAGUCGCCAGCAAUGGAACUAGACUUCCUGCCUGACAGCCAGAUACAGGAUGCCCUGGAUGCCACCAACAUGGAGCAGGGUUUUCCUUCAGGGAAUAUGCCAGACCUUGGCUGGCCUGUCCCCAGUUCAUAUGCCAUUGGAGGAUCCCCAAAGGCGGUGGCCAAACCUCAGCCCAGCUCUCAUGUGGGAACCUGGGCCCAGGAGACCUACAAGAUGCAGGAUGCAACAGACACGGUGCGAGGCCUCGUGGUAGAGCUCUCCAGUCUCAACCGGCUGAUUAUGAGCGCCCACCGGGACCUGGAAGCCUUCAAGCGCAGGAAGACCAAGUCUCUGCCUUACCUGACAAAGGGGUUGGGGAGCCUUGCUCGAGGGGAUCAGGGCUGGAGGGACUUGUAAGCUGCUGCAGCCUGUGGGAGUCAGCUUACCAUGGCUCCAUAUGCAGGAGGCUGAGGGUGGCCACUUGGCCAGGGUCAGGAUUACUCCCAUGCAACAGGGCACCUGAGCUUUAGGAAGCCAUCUGACAGAGCAUGGCCUGGCCCCAGAUGCUCAUCCAGGUUUGGGUGCCUAGGCUCCUGAGCUAAGCUGCAGUUGUCUUUGAGUUUGUUUCUGGAGGGAAGAGGUGGCCUCUGUUCAUCUGCCCAUCCUUCCCCCCACGCUCUCCAUGUUUUGGGAAGGCAGGGAAUAAACGAUGCAGCCCUGA